UAUUGCGAGCGUUUUUCGGGAAUUAAUUUGGAGUGAAUAUUUUUGGAAAUCUGUAACAGAAAUGUAUUACGUCCGUCGCGUUGUCGAGCUUAGAUGUAAAACUUCAACGAAUUGUUAUUUGUAACGGUGUAAUCGUCGCAAGAGCGAAGUAAUCUACGGAUAAUUAUCGCAGUGCUCUUACAUGAUCUGUAUUCAUGAUAAAAUAUUGUAAUUUCGUUUAAACAAAUCUAUAUCGAUUUAAAAAUGACCACAUCAUUGUCGAUGUUAGCAAGCCACGAUGAAAUCGUGCGAUGCACAGACGUGCUGAUAAAUGGAGCCUGUGAAGAAGAAUUUUUGCAUUUUGCUAUCAAUCAAGAGGAAAUGAGGCAAAAAUGGCUGGCAUCGAUACAAGAAUGCCAGAGGCUUCACUCUGCCUUAGACAAAGCUCAUCAAGAAGCAGCAGAUUUAGAUAGAAAAUUGAGUCAUGCCAGGAGACUUUUAGAUGAGGAAAAGCGAAAAAGAAGAACAGUGGAAGAACAGAGAAACUCAUUGGAGAGACAAAUUGCUAUGGCUAGAGAUCUUUUAUUUAAUGAUGGUGGUAGGAACUUGAAUGAUGAAACACGAGAAAAACUACAGUUCUUAAAUAAUACCACAUUGAACGGACGUCAUAGUAACAUGCACAUUAAAGAUAUACAUCAAAAUGACAAAUUAAAUACUAUAGCGGAGCUGGACUCCACUGGCUCUAUAUUAAGCGACUUGAGUUGCUUUUCAAAGUCAGAGGAUGACUUAGAUACCAGUGUAAUUAUUCAACAAAAUCAAAAGAAACGAGAAUGGAAAGAACACAGACCCAGUGGUGAAUACUCCACAAAAAAACGUCGUAGCACGUUACAGAAGGUUGCAGAAUUAAAUUCAUCUGAUAGAAUAGUAGCUACAACUACUGUAGUAAUGCCUAAAGAAGGUGCUAUUACUGCGUCUUCCGUAAUUGAAGCUAUACCCGGAGACGAGAAUGUAGAUCCACUGGGUCCAUUGCAUACUUCGUACAAAAGACACAAAAGCGGCGAUCGUAAUAAAACAAAGUUAUCGUCCGCUGACGCGAAACAAACGCAAAUUGAUACUGCUCCUUCCGCGCCAAGAAUGGAAAUUCUUACAUCAGGGUCAGAUUCUGAGGGUGUUUUCAAACCUAGUCCGAAUAUAGGUGGAUAUACUUUAAAUACAAAAUCCACUAGAGGUCAUAGUUUUAUAGCAAAGACAGUGAUUAAACCAGAAGUUUGUACACCCUGUGAUAAGAGAAUUCGUUUUGGAAAAGUAGCUCUAAAAUGUCGAGACUGUAGAGCUACAGCUCAUACGGAAUGUAAAGACUUAGUACCGUUACCAUGCGUGCCUACUGGAAAUACGCCUACCCUGCGCGGCACAUCGGGAACCAUAGCAGACUAUACACCUAUGAUUCCACCAAUGGUACCAUCAUUGGUUGUUCAUUGUAUCAAUGAAGUGGAAUUAAGAGGAAUGGGCGAACAAGGAUUAUACAGAGUGAAUGGUGGUUUGACAGAGGUGAAAUGUCUAAAAGAAAAGUUUCUAAAAGGCAAAGGAGCUCCUAAUCUUUCCGAUGUCGAUAUAGCUACCAUAUGCUCUACUCUUAAAGAUUUUCUCAGGUCAUUACGGGAGCCGUUAAUUACCGUAGGAUUAUGGGCCGACUUUGUUCGUGCCACUACUAUUACUGACAAACAAGAUGCCGACGCUGCUUUGUACCAAGCAAUUUCAGAGCUACCUCAACCUAACAGAGAUACGCUUGCUUUUCUAAUAUUACACUUACAAAGAGUUUCGAGUAGUCCGGAAUGUAAAAUGCCUAUAAGUAAUCUGGCUAAAGUCUUUGGGCCAACAUUGGUGGGUUACAGUUGUCAAGAACCAUCACCAACGUCUUUGCUUUCGGAGACGAAAAAUCAAGUCGCAAUAGUAGAAAAUUUAUUAAAAAUUCCGUCGGAUUACUGGGCAAAUUUUGUCAAUCCCGAAAACUUAAACAGCAUUGGCACCCAUAAAACAGAACUAAGACAUACACCAUCCACGGAAUCUUUGCUUAAACGUAGCACUUCCCGUGGUUUCUUUAAUACUCCACUUGCUUCUAGUCGAACGUUUAUGAGGAGGAAUAAAAAAUAUUUUGCUACGCCUCCCUCUAGAGCGGGUUUCUAAGAAAAUUAGGUAUGUACUUAUUAUUCACAUUGAGG